AUGGCUCCAUUCCGCAAUUUCCUUGGGCGCAGGUCCCAGCCGAAUGUUCCCACCGCGGAGACUGUGGACGAUACUCACCUGGCACCGAAUGGCCGUCCAUCACUGGCAAACGUCGCCGUGCGCAAGAGCACCGAUAGUCAACACCCGCCUGAAUACAAGCUGAGUGUUGUCAACGACAGCGGCGUGUACUUACCGCCAUCACCACCGGAGAAGUCAAGUUUCUGGGGCCGAGUGCCCGGCUCGUCGCGGACAGAAAAUCACCGAGACCUGGUCAAUGAGAACGAGCCUUUCUCAAUCUCCCGCGAAUCCUUUGAUUCCUACCGUCGCUCAUUUGAUAUCUCUGCGCGGUCUCCGGUGAUCUACGCUGACGCCGCUCCCUCCCGAACCUCCCUCGACUCCCGCUUCUCCCGCCCGUCCAUGCAAUCCAGUCACUUUGAGCGGCCUGAGCGUAUGGAGGAGGAGUCGGGCUUUGAAGAAGUAGGCCUCAAUGAUGAACCGAAGCCGAAAAAGAAGAGCCUGUUCUCCCGCUUCAAUGACUCUGAGACGCAGCCGCCUACGCCAAAGUCAUCAACUUCAUUCGGUUUCCAUAUUCCCGGCCGCAAGCGUGGACAGAGUGGGAAUGCUGCGGAAUUGAAUGCGGUGAAGACACCUACAACCACCGUCACACCCACUUUGCAGAAUGCGGAGUAA